AUGCCGCUAGUGGAGUUUGAGUACAAUAAUAGCUACCAUAUUCUUGAGAGGGUUGGACCGGUGGCGUAUCGGAUGGCUCUAUCGCCUCAUCUUUUGAACCUGCACGAUGUGUUUCACGUGUCACAACUUCCGAAAUACACUCCUGAUGUUAUCCAUGUGUUAGAACCCGAAUCGGUUCAGAUAAGAGAAGAUUGGACUCUGCCGGUGACUCUGGUCAGGAUCGAUGACACAAGUAUUAAAAAGUUACGCGAGAAAGAGGUUUCAUUAGUGAAAGUGGCAUGGAGUCGAACUGGUGUUGAGGAGCACACCUGGGAGCUUGAGUCAGAGAUGCGAGCAGACUACCCACGCCUGUUCUCAGCUUGGAAAUCUGUUGGUGAGGCUUUGGAAGCCUUGGAAGUUGAAUUUGAGAGUGUUCCUGGUGGAACGGGAGUCAGGCAAGGCUAG